AUAUGGAAACGGGGUUGUAGUAGCCUACUGUUAUCAGCAAACGUUUGCUUGUUUGAUCUGAUCAGCUCCACCGGCAUCGUAAUUCUACGACCUUACUCGUCAAAGACCCAACAGGAGUUGUCCUUUGGUUUGGAUGUCUCCAUAGAUUUUUGCAGAGAUCGACACCACCAAGCAUCACUUCGAAGUUUGGUGAAAAAUGUCUGUCAUCAGAUUGGGAUCAAGUUGUAGCUCUUUGAAGAAUAAUCGAUCUGAGACCUUGUUCUGUGGGGAUGAUUUGGAAAAGCCUGAGCCAAAGGAUGACUGUGAUCCAAAUAAACUCCUUCAGUGUCCAUAUGACAGGAACCAUCAGAUCCGUGCCUGUCGUUUUCCAUACCAUCUGAUCAAGUGCAGCAAGAACCACCCAAAACUUGCCAGUGAAUUGAAAACCUGCCCUUUCAAUGCCCGUCACUUGAUGCCAAAGCAUGAGCUUACACACCAUGUGGCCAACUGUGUUGACCGAAUACCCGUGAAUCCAGAAGACGUGGGCAGUGCUGAGGUGCAGAGCAAAUGGCAGGUACCUGUUAGCACCUGGACAAAUACCAGCUGUGAUGAAGACUGGGACAAAGAGGCUGAUGAUGUUUCAGCUGCACCUUUUGUAUGGGGUGUGUCCACAAAUCUGAUCAACCAGAACAGACCUGAGUCACUCACCACAUUCAACCUUACACCUGGACUCCGAGCUCCAAGAACACUGCCCUGGAAAAUGUAGGCUGAUGCAAAAAUGAGAACAUCUCUGUUGAAUGCCCGUUGGUGUGGAGGGUAUCGCACUGCCUCGUUAACCCGUAGCGUUCCCUCCCAUUCAUCAGGUGCCAUGGGGUUCACUUAUCCCUGUUAGAUUUUUCUUAUUCCUUUUAUUCAGGGCUGUGACAAAGGCUAAAUUAAUAAAGUUAAAGCUAAACGUCACUGCCAGAGAAGUUUUGUGGUGUUCAAUCUCACUUUUACUAUUCACUUUUCAAAAUUCACUUUUUAAGUAUUUUUUAAGUAUUUUUUUGAUUAAAUGCAUGCUUUGAUACCUAACCAUUUGAUGUGCUCAUGGGAGUUUGUGUUCCACUAUUUUAUGAAAAAUGCAUGUCUUAUUUUGGAUGUUUUGUGAAUUUUGACACAAAAAAAUAAAUGUCAUGUUCUGCC